UCCCGCCCUGACAGGAACGCCAAAAACACUGAAGAGGAGAAAGGGGCGCGUUGUGGCCCAGGAUUAGGGCUACAGGGUUGGGGACCUGUCUCUGGAGCAUGGGGGCCGCAGAGGGAGCCCAGCUUUGAAGGAUUUGGGAGGCUAGCUCUGAGGAGCUGGAAGAAUGCAAUGCCUUGAGGGAUGAAGGGUUCCAGCCCUGAGGAUCUGGGGGACUCCAGGCACAUCUUGAGAGCCCACUCUUGAGCCAAGGCUCUCCCCAUAAUAAGAAAACAAGAACUGAGACCAGAGCUGGGGCUCACCUUCAAGAAGCAUGUUUUCUUAGGCAACCAAAAUCUGCACACUCUGAGCACCUCCACCGAGCUUUCAACCACCAAGUCACUUUUAAGGAGAACAGAAAGCAAAAUCAAGAGUCAUUGAGGAGUCUGGCAUGCCUCAUGAAUCAGCAGAGGAUUUGUUUCAUUUCAACGUUGGAGGCUGGCAUUUCUCAGUUCCCAGAAGCAAACUUGCCCAGUUCCCAGACUCCCUGCUUUGGAAAGAGGCUUCAGCCUUAACCACUUCAGAAAGCCAAAGGCUAUUCAUUGACAGAGAUGGUUCUACAUUUAGGCAUGUGCACUAUUAUCUCUACACCUCCAAACUCUCCUUCUCCAGUUGUGCAGAAUUGAACUUGCUCUAUGAACAAGCACUGGGUUUGCAACUGAUGCCUUUGCUGCAGACUCUAGAUAAUCUGAAGGAAGGGAAACACCAUCUACGUGUGCGUCCUGCGGACAUCCCUGUUGCUGAGAGAGCAUCUUUGAACUACUGGCGAACAUGGAAGUGUAUCAGCAAACCCUCGGAAUUUCCGAUAAAAAGCCCAGCCUUUACAGGCCUACAUGAUAAGGCACCAUUGGGGCUCAUGGACACGCCCCUGUUAGACACAGAAGAGGAAGUGCACUACUGUUUCCUGCCCCUGGACCUGGUGGCCAGGAUAUUAGCGUUGGCUCCAUCUCUGCCUCCCAUACUGCAACCCAGGCAGGGACAAACUGCAAGUGCACCUGCCAGUCCAGGCUCAGCCGGGCCCCUCCUCUCUAAGCAGCAAGACAACUCCCUCUGUUGGAAUGACCUGCUCUUGGGUCAAGACGCACAGGUGAAUUUUCUCCGCUCACAGAAGAUUUUACUACCAGAUAAUUUCUCCAACAUUGAUGUAUUAGAAGCAGAAGUGGAAAUUCUGGAAAUCCCUGAGCUCACUGAAGCUGUAAGGUUGUACCGGAUGAAUAUGGGUGGCUGUUCCAGGACCUCCUGUCCUCCCCUGAGUCCUGGGAAGGGGAGCCGCACAGCCAGCCUGGAGUCUGUGAAGCCGCUCUACAUGAUGGCCCUGGGUCUGCUGGUCAAGUACCCAGACUCUGCGCUGGGACAGCUCCACAUCGAGAGCACACUGGAUGGAAGUCGACUGUAUAUCACAGGGAAUGGGGUCCUCUUUCAGCACGUCAAGAACUGGCUGGGCACUUGCCGACUGCCCCUGACUGAGACCAUUUCUGAGGUGUACGAGCUCUGUGCCUUCCUGGACAAGAGGGACAUCACCUAUGAGCCAAUGAAAGUGGCUCUGAAGACUCAUCUGGAGCCAAGGAUGUUGGCACCCAUGGAUGUGCUCAAUGAGGAGUGGACAGCAGAGAUCACUGUGUAUUCACCUCAACAGAUCAUCAAAGUUUAUGUCGGAAGCCACUGGUAUGCAACCACCCUGCAGACCCUCCUGAAGUAUCCAGAACUACUGUCCAACCCUCAGAGAGCGUACUGGAUCACGUAUGGACAGACCCUGCUCAUCCACGGGGAUGGCCAAAUGUUCCGACACGUUCUAAACUUCCUGAGACUUGGAAAACUGUUUUUACCAUCUGAAUUUAAGGAAUGGCCCCUCUUCUGCCAGGAGGUAGAGGAAUACCACAUUCCAUCCCUUUCAGAAGCGCUUGCACAAUGUGAGGCAUACAAGUCAUGGACCCAGGAGAAAGAAUCUGAAAAUGAAGAAGCUUUUCCCAUCAGGAGGCUGCAUGUGGUAACAGAAGGACCAGGGUCAUUGAUGGAGUACAGUAGAGAUGCCAAAGAAACCACAGCCUACAUGCCUGUGGACUUCCAAGACUGCAACGACAGGACUCCAUGGAACAAGGCCAAGGGGCAUCUGGCAAGGUCCAGCCAGAUGGAGGAGGCUGAGCAGUACACCCGAUCCAUCCAGGUGUCCCUGUGCCGAAAUACGAAGAGGGCGGGUAAUCCCAGCACGUACUCACACUGCCCUGGCUUAUGUACCAACCCCAGACACUGGAGAGGUCACCCUGAGAGUCCCCCCAAGAAGAAAUGCACCACAGUCAACCUCACACAGAAAUCUGAAACCAAAGAGCCUCCUGUCACCCCCAUGCAGAAACUCAUCUCCCUGGUGAGGGAAUGGGACAUGGCCAAUUGCAAACAGUGGGGAUUCCAGUCACCAACAGCCCCCCGGGGCAACCCCUUGGAGGAGGCCACCCUGCAGCUCCCCCUGGGAAGUGAGGCUGCUUCCCAGCCCAGCACCUCAGCUGCCUGGAAAGCCCAUUCCACAGCCCCAGAGAAAGAUCCAGGCCCACAGGCAGGGCCUGGGGCUGGAGCAAAAGACAAGGGGCCAGAGCCAAACUUUAAGCCCUACUUCCCCAUGAAAAGAGCUGUCACCCUGAAGGACUGGAACAAGCAGAAGCCAAAGGAGAGAGAAAGCCCUGCCCCUGAGCAGCCUCUGCCUGAGGCCAGUGAGGUGGACAGCCCAGGGGUCAUCCUUAAAGUGACUCAUCCCCCGGUGGUGGGCAGCGAUGGUUCCUGCAUGUUCUUUGAAGACAGCAUCAUCUACACCACACAUAUGGAGCACCUUGGGCUUACACCACCCAAAACCAGCCCCCAGGCCCGAGAGGUGACUUUCCUGAGUUUCUCUCUGUCCUGGGAAGAGAUGUUUUAUGCACAGAAAUGUCACCGCUUCCUGACAGACAUCAUCCUGGAUUCCAUCAGGCAAAAGGACCCCAAAGCUAUCACAGCCAAGGUGGUCUCCCUGGCCAACCGGCUGUGGACGCUGCACAUCAGCCCCAAGCAGUUCGUGGUGGAUUUGCUGGCCAUCAGUGGCUUCAAGGAUGACCGGCACACCCAGGAGCGCCUCUACAGCUGGGUGGAGCUCACACUACCUUUCGCCAGGAAAUACGGCCGCUGCGUCGACCUGCUCAUCCAGAGAGGCCUAUCUAGGUCUGUUUCUUACUCUAUCCUGAGCAAGUACUUACAAGAAGGCUAGGGUGCCCAGAGACAUGGCCUGCAUGCCCCCACCCACCAAGGCUCAUUUUAACUGGGGGUAUACCCAGAAUGUGUGUGUCCACCUAAAGAUACAUACAAGUCUAUUUUUUUUUUAUUAUAAACAAAUAAAAGAAUAAAUCACAA